GUUCCCUUGCCUAGUACGGUAGCAGACUUGCCUACCCAGCGCCAACUGAACUCUGUCUCUCUCUCUCUCUCUGACUUUGAUCUCUCUCUUCUUGUUUUGCUUUGUCUACAAUUGUUGCACCGGAAUUGUGUUAUAAGGGAAAUGGAUCUGGACGUGGAGGGUAACGUCGCUGGAACUCCCCAGACUUUGAUCUCCAAGAAACUUCAACACAGCGAGGUUGACAACAGCAAAGGGAAAACAAAAAUAAGCUAUGAAGGGACAUGGCAAGACCAAGUCAAGGAUGCUUCAGCCAGUGAUCCUGGAAAUUCUACUGUUGUAGGAUCACUGGACAGUGUUGAUCCCCUCAAGAGCACCACGUCAGGAUCAAUCAAUUCAAACAAUCUUAACAGUUCUACUUCUGAUAUAACAUAUAAUGGGUAUGAUGAGAAUGCCAACGGUGGUGGUGGUGAUGAUGAUGGUGGUUCCUAUGAAGAUGAUGACUAUGUUUCUGAUUACGAUGACAAUGAUGAUUUCUUGUACGAUGAUGGUUAUAUAGGGAUGCAAUCCCAAUUUGAUAAUGUGGAUUUGCCUCCAGGAAUAGAGGUGUCACUUCCUUGGUUGAACGACUCGGAUUCAAGUGUAAACAUACCAGUUUCAACAAGGACUUUAAUUGUUUCAGAUCUUCCAGAAAGCAAAAUGCAGGCAGCUGCUGCAAGCAGUUCAAUCAUCCCUACAGAGUUAAGUUCAAAGGAGAAAGAAGAAGAAAACAGGGAUACAGUAAUGGGAGACGUUCUGCAGUUCAAGCAAUUUAAUAUUGGGGAUGAUUUUUCAGAUCAUCAUUAUAGCCGCAUGGGCUUUUCAGAUGGGAAGGCACCCAAGAACUGGGCAAAGAGAAUUCAGGAUGAGUGGAAAAUGUUAGAGACGAAUUUACCAGACACAAUAUUUGUUAGAGUUUAUGAAGCAAGGAUGGAACUUUUGAGGGCUGUUAUGAUUGGACCUGCGGGCACUCCUUAUCAUGAUGGCCUUUUUGUCUUUGAUUGCCUCUUUCCCGAUACUUAUCCCAGCUCACCACCGAUGGUGUACUACUAUUCAGGUGGCCUUCGACUGAACCCAAAUUUGUAUGAUUGUGGGAAAGUCUGCCUGAGUCUUUUGGGCACCUGGACUGGUAAACCGAAUGAGAUGUGGAUCCCAGAUAAAUCAACCAUGCUACAAGUUUUGGUCUCUAUACAAGCUCUGAUUCUGAACGCAAAGCCCUUCUUUAAUGAGCCUGGUUAUGAAAAAACAUACAUUGGGCCCGAAGGGGAAAGAAGAUCGCUUGCGUACAAUGAGAAUGCUUUUAUUCUAUCCUUGAAGACAAUGAUAUACACAUUGAGGCGGCCACCAAAGCAAUUUGAGGACUUUGUUGCCAGUCAUUUUCGCAGGAGAGCACGUGAUAUUUUGGCUGCGUGCAAAGCAUACAUGGAGGGUGCUCCUGUAGGGUUUGUUGAUAAUGAAGGAGCUCAGGAUAAUGCUGGAGGAGACCCCAAAUCAAUUGAGUUCAAGUCAAAAGUAGAUAAGAUGAUGAAUAUGAUGCCUGGAGGAGACCCCAAAUCAAUUGAGUUCAAGUCGAAAUUAGGUAAGAUGAUGAAUAUGCUGGUAACAAGCUUCGCCAAGAAUGGUUCGACAGACAUUGAGCAGUUUCGCCUUCCGGCCUAAAAUCACACUAGAGGAACCUGGGGUAGCGUGGGGAAGGCUGGUAAGAUCUAAAUAUGUACAGGGGAGUUGAAAUCAAACAUAUAUAGCUGGUGGCCUUUCUCAUUGCAAUUUUGAUGGAAUUGGACCAUUGGUCUAUCAUAUAUUUUCCAUUCCAAGUAGUUGUAGAUAUAAUUCGAUGAUUUUGGGAUGAUGGGAAGAAUUUCUAUUGGAUUAAGAUGAUUCAUCCAUGCAUCUCUCUAAACUAGUGAUCGAAUGCGGUUUUUAUGUUAUGGGAGGACUUAGCACACUGCAUUUUGGGGGA